AUGAAUCCAGAAGGUUUAAGUGGAGCUGGUGCAACAAGUACUAGAGGUGGAGGUGGUGGUGGUGGUAAAGGAGGAGUAGUAGGAAGUGAUGUUGGUGGGGGGUUUAGGAGGAGGACAUGGUGGGGUAAUAGAGUUGGAGGUGGCUUUAGAGGAGCUGGUGAUAUCGGAGGAGGAACUAGUGAUGGUGUUGGAGGCGGAAAGUUUUCGGAAAAUUCUUCAACCAUGUUCGUGAAGAAACUCGUCGAGAAAGCAUCCAUAAAGAAGGCUGUUGGAAAUUCACUGGAUGGGUUAAAAGCCAGUGAUGUAGAUCCACGUUUGGUAUUUCAUCAAGGGGUACCAUCUGGUGGUGCCAUUUUUGCUUAUGACAAUAUUCAGAAGAUACUUGCUCUUUCUACCAAGGAUGGUCGGAUUAAACUAUUUGGAAAAGAUAAUGCCCAAGUCCUACUUGAAUCUAGAGAGCAAGUGCCAAGCAAAUUUUUACAGUUCAUUCAGAACCAAGGCAUCCUUAUAAAUGUCUCUUCCAAUAACCACAUUGAGGUUUGGGACAUAGACAAGAAACUGCUUUCUGACGUAUUCGUUGUUAAAGAAGAAAUCACCUGUUUUUCAGUCAUUCAACAUAGCCUUUUCUUGUAUAUUGGAUUUUCUAAUGGUAAUAUUUCAGUUUUGAGUCUUGAUCAAGAACCAUGGCAUGUGGUACGAAUGAAAUACACCAUACCCCUUUCAGUUUCCUAUGGAAAUUCAGCUGAAGAAUCUGAUGAUACUGUUGUGACACACGUACUACCUCAACCAGCAGCCGAGAGUCAGAGAGCUCUCAUAAUAUUUAGAAAUGGACAAAUAAUAUUAUGGGAUGUUCGAGAAAGCAGGUCCAUAUUUAGAACUGGUGGAAGAAUGUCACAAGCACGGUAUAAUGAAACAAAGAAAGUGUCUUCUGCAUGUUGGGUGUGUCCUUUUGGAAGUAAAGUGGUUGUAGGGUACAACAAUGGAGAGCUCUUUAUUUGGAGCAUCCCUUCUCUAAACACAGGAAAUAGUUUAGCAACUGAUUAUAGUAGUCAAAACACUCCAAUGUUCAAGUUUAACUUAGGAUAUAAAUCGGACAAAACUUCCAUAAGAUCAGUAAAAUGGAUUUAUGCCGAAGGAAAGGCUAGUCGACUAUACGUCAUGGGAGGUUCUGAUAAUGCCCCUUCAAACUUGUUGCAGCUUUUCUUUUUAUUGGAAAGAAAUCCUAAAUUUAAGUUCACCUAUUUCAACGAAUUUGUGAUUUUGGAUGGUUUACUUGCAUUGAAUUGGUUUAAUGAACUUACGCUAGAAUCCCGCACAAUUAAGAUGGGGCUUCAUUUGUCAGAAGGCUCUAUUGACAUGGAGAUCAUAUCAACCUCAAGCAAGCAUAGACAAAAUUAUUUAAUUUUACUUGGAAAAUCAGGGAUUAUAUAUCUGUAUGAUGAUAAUUUGAUUGAAAGAUAUCUACUGCAAGGCCAGUCUAAGUCCACUCCUUCACUGCCAAAGGAAGUGGUUGUGAAGUUACCACUGGCAGAUUCAAGCAUCACUAUAGCAAAAUUCAUCUCCAACAAUCCCAAUGUGUUUAGUUCUGAAGACGAGUAUUACAGUCAGCUGGUCAAGAGCUAUCCACCGCUUAUUCCCAUUGAAACAAAUCUCAAAGAUGGGAUUAACUUCAGCUCUGCCAAUUUCACGGGAUUUUCGAACUAUAAAAACUUAUACAUAACUGGACACAGCAAUGGAGCCAUAACUUUUUGGGAUGCGUCAUGUUCCUUUUUCACCCCAAUUUUGCAAUUAAAGCAACAGGCUGAAUAUGAUGUUUCUUUAAGUGGUAUACCCUUGACGGCAUUAUAUUUUGAUAGCAACUCUCCACUCCUUGUUUCUGGUGACCAAAGUGGGAUGGUUCGUAUCUACAGAUUCAAACCUGAACCAUAUGCAUCCAACAGCUUCAUGUCUCUUACUGGAGGUACAAAGAAAGGGACUGAUCAUAUAAUCCACAGUAUGAAACUAGUAAAAACUAGUGGUGCUGUAUUUUGUAUGAACAUAGAUCACAACUCAAGACAUCUUGCCAUUGGUUCUGACCAAGGAAACGUUUCAGUCAUUAACAUAGAUGAUCCAUCUUUGUUAUACCGGAAAAAUAUUACAAGUGAAAUUUCCACCGGUAUCGUCUCUUUGCAUUUUAAAACCUGCAGUUUGCAUGGUUUUGAGAAAAACAUUUUAGUAGUUGGAACAAAGGACUCAUCUGUUCUAGCACUAGAUGGUGAAACUGGGACCUCAUUGAACAUUGGAGCUAUUCAUCCUAAGAAGCCCUCUAAAGCUAUAUAUAUGCAGGUGUUGGAUGGACAAGGAGAACCAAUCACAGGAUUAGUUACAAAAGAUGGCUUAGACUCGAGAGAAGGGAAUCGUACUGAAGAUGCAACAGCAAAGCAAUUGUACAUUUUGCUCUGUUCUGAGAAGGCUUUGUAUGUCUAUUCUUUUGUGCAUGCUGUACAGGGAAUUAAAAAGGUGCUUUACAAGAAGAAAUUGCAUUCCUCUUCCUGUUGCUGGGCAUCAACAAUUUUCAGCCUCUCUGAUAUCAGUCUUGUUCUCCUUUUCACCAGUGGGAAAGUAGAAUUAAGGUCUUUGCCCGAGUUAUCUCUGAUAGUGGAGACUUCAAUCAGAGGUUUCACUUAUUUGCCUCCAAAAUUGAAGUCAUAUUCUGAUCGCCAGAUAUGUUGUUCAUCCAAAGGAGAUCUUGUUUUGGUGAAUGGUGAUCAGGAAAUUUUUGUUGUCUCACUGUUGGCCCAGAGAAAUAUUUUCAGGCUUUUGGACUCCGUUAGCUGCAUUUACAGGAAGGAAAGAAUGUCAUUACAAGAAGAGCUGGUUCCUAGCCCUGUCAUCCAUAAGGAAAAGAAAAAGAGUAUAUUCAGCUCCGUUAUAAAAGAUUUUACUAGCAGUAAAGAAAAGCAUCUGCCCCUCAUGGGAAAUGAAGAUCCCAAAGAAAGCAUACGGGAGCUCUCAGCAGUAUUCUCAAAUGCAAACUUUGAAUGUAAUGAUAAUGAUGAUAAACCAACAGUGGAUGAAAGUCAGCUUGAAUUAAACAUAGAUGACAUUGACCUAGAUGAUCAUGGAGAAAAACGCAAAGAACAAAGCAUAUUGGGAGCUCUUAACAAGAAGAAAUUGGCUGGCAAAUUUCAGUCUCUAAAAGAUGCUUUGGGCAAUAUCCAUAAUGGAAAGCUGAAAAAUGUAAUACCCCAAUACGCUAUAAUAUGUCAAGGAAAAUUGAAAGAAAUGAAGGGAAACUACCAGAAGGAAUCAGAUAAGGAAGGGCACAAUGAGGAAAAAGAUGGGGCGCUUGAUCAAAUUAAGAAGAAAUAUGGAUUUUCAUCUUCCUCCAAUGAAUCAACCGUUUCUAAACAGACACAAAUCAAGCUGCAUGAAAAGACAUGGAAAUUGCAGGGUACCAACCUUCGUGCCACAGAGAUCCAAGAUACAGCAAAAUCAUUUUCAUCACUGGCAAAACAAGUUCUCCGAACUGCUGAGCAGGAUAGACGAAGUUGA